UCCACAUUCCCCAAAAAAAUUACAAUGGAAAUGGAAUUUCUUUCUAAAGAACUCGUUAAACCUUCGUCACCAACUCCUUCUCACCUCCGUAUGUAUCCACUUUCUUUCAUAGACAACAUAGUUUUUCAUAAGUAUGUGCCUGUAAUUUUCUUUUACAAUCCAAACCAGAAUACCGACCAAAAUUCUAAAAUAUCACAACUUCGAAAAUCCUUAUCUCAUACUCUAUCCAAAUACUAUCAUUUUGCCGGCAGGCUGAAUGAUAAAACUAUCAUCGAAUGUAAUGAUCUAGGUGUGUCAUUUCUAGUUGCAAAGACAAAAAACAAACUAUCAUGUAUCCUUCAAAAUCCCACAGAAAUAUUGCUAAACCCUUUGUUUCCCGACGAAUUACAAUGGAAAGACAUGGAUUGGAGCGCGUCACUAAUAUUCAUUCAAAUCAAUUGUUUUGCCUGUGGAGGAAUCGCGAUAAGUAUUUGCAUGAGUCACAAAAUUGGCGAUGCUUCCACUCUUUUCAACUUCAUGAAUGAUUGGGCCAUCAUCAACCAAAAAGUAGAACAAGAUGAAAGGUUAGGGUUAGGGUUAUCAGUAUUACCCUCUCCGUUACUUGAUGGAGGAGCUUCAGUUUUUCCUCAGAGAGAUAUACCUAUUUUCCCAGAAAUUGAGUUUGUGAAAGACAACAAAGUUGUGAGUAAAAGGUUUUUGUUUGAAGCCUCAAAGAUCAACUCCCUCAAGGAAAUGGUAAGAAAUUCUGUUGGUUUUUCUCUCACACGCGUACAAGUUGUUACUGCAUUGAUUUACAAACGCGCGGUUUUAACAAGCGGAUUAAAUUUCAAGACAGCAUCGUUCAACAUGGUUGUGGAUCUUCGCAAACGAAUGGUUCCUCCGUUGUCUGAUAAGCGCAUAGGAAACUUUGCUUGGUUCUUUGGUUUGUCCAUAGAUAAGGAGAAAAUGGAGUUACAGGAUUUAGUAUUCAAAAUUAAAGAAGGAUUAUCUGAAUUUUGUGAUGUUAUUCUGGAAAAUUUUGGAGGAAAAGAGAAGCACAAAUUUUCAUUAAUUUAUGAGAGAUCGAAAAAUCUUAAUGAGACAGCUCAUACUGAAGAUAAUGAUUUGUUUUUAUUCAGUAGUUGGUGUCGGUUUGGAAUGUAUAAAGUAAAUUUUGGGUGGGGAAAACCAGCAUGGGUGACCACCUUUUGUUGCUCUAUGAGGAAUAUAAUAUUUCUGAUGGAAACAAAAGAUGGGAAUGGGAUUGAAGCAAUUGUGAACUUGGAAGAGAAGAAUAUGGCUAAGUUUGAGAAUGAUGUUGAGCUUCUUCAGUAUGCUUCUCUGAAUCCAAGUAUUGUUUGACAUGAUGGGCCGGUGAUUAUAUUUUAUGUGUUUGCAUGAAUAAAAAAAUUUCAACAUAUGUAUUAAGUGAACUUCUUGAGUUGAAAUAGAUUUGUGAGGUAUUUGAUUCAUACAUGUAAGAUUUGUUUCUGUUUCUCAAAAUUUUCUUUAAAUUUAUUUGGCAAAAUUGCCUUGAUUUAGUGAAAUUUCUCUCAAGAUUGAUAUGUAAUUCUUGGGACUUUGAUACAUGUGUUCACAACACUUUUUCUUUUCUUCGGUUUGAUUUGUCUU